GGAAGGAAACUCGCUAUUUGCUAGCAAUCACAAUAUUGGCAGGAAAGAUGACACGCCCACACACGCAUGUGCGCCAUUCAUGUCCAACGCCGACGUGUAACUGUUGUGUAGACAAAUUCGUUCAUCUUUCAUUCUUUGAUCUCUUAGUCAGCAUUUGGAAAUAAAAUGAAGCGGAAAAAUCUAUCCGGUCAGCAAGGGAAACCCGAUCACAGCAGUAAAAAGUCGAAUCGAUGCCGUGAACGGAACAACAUUUCCGACCCCAAGCUCAUUCCCAGAGUCAAACAGUACUUAGAAGCCCACAGGACUCUAAAGAUGAUUGAUAUAACAUUGAUGUCACAGGAACUUCAAAAAAUGUACAGUGAUUACAGAAGGAAGAAGCGGAAUGCCUUUGAAAAGGCCGUCAAAAAUGUCUACGACCUACUCUGCAGCACUGGAGAGUAUAGAGGGAUCGCUCAUCUCGAAAAGCAGUACUUAGAGAGGAAGGAGAAGACUCAUGGCGUCGCCAGCUCCGUGGCCAGUUCCGUGCCGCAUUCCAACAAUGCGAGCAGAGAUCACAGUGACAUCACGUCAGGGUCUGAGAGUGACGCAGAAGGUUCUCCAGAUCCAGAUGUAGAAUUGGUGACAUAUGAAGACACGAAUAUGAUGAACAAGUCGAUCACGUCUCUAUACCAGGAGAAGCUGCAGCCGUCGUCGUUGGGUCCUAGCACCUCCUCCGCACGGCAGGCUUCAGACGUCGAUAUAUCCGCUGGUUUCUUUAUCGACACUGCUGGAACGAGGCGGCGGGGAGACUGGACGCAGAGAGGAGCCACGCAGGAGAUAUCCGUGGAAACCAGGUUUGGGAAACAGUCUGGUGAGCAGCAGAAGAAGUCUAACACAAAGAAGCCUGAUGAGGAAGAUGAGCCACAGAAGAAGCCGAAGAGGAGGAAGCUAAGAGCCGACGACGAAGACGAAGCCAAAGAGAAGGUGGCGACGGACAUUGUGCAAAAGUCCAGUGUAGUGUUUGCGGAUGUUGGAGGAAACGGAAAGACGUUAGAAGAAGUCUGCAAGCUGCUUAUUCACAUGAAGCACCCGGAGGUGUUUGACCAGCUCGGCGUGACCCCACCUCGUGGCAUCCUGCUACAUGGCCCGCCAGGCUGCGGCAAGACUCUGCUGGCACAUGCCAUUGCUGGGGAGUUGGAUCUGCCUUUCAUCAAGGUUGCUGCCACAGAGAUGGUAUCCGGAGUGUCCGGGGAAUCCGAAGAGAGGCUACGGGAAAUCUUCGAGAAGGCCGUUAACAGCGCCCCCUGCAUUCUGUUUCUUGAUGAGAUUGAUGCGAUAACGCCAAAGCGAGAGACGGCGUCUAAGGAGAUGGAGCGUCGCAUUGUCUCUCAGCUGCUGGCCUGCAUGGAUGAUCUGAACAAUAAGAGCAUGGUGCAGGUGCUGAUCCUGGGCGCAACGAACCGCCCGGACUCCCUCGACCCAGCCCUCCGACGAGCGGGAAGGUUUGACCGCGAGGUGUGCAUGGGAAUACCGGAUGAGGAUGCCAGGAUUAGCAUUCUGCAGGUGCUCUGCAAGAAGCUGAGGCUGGGAGCGGAGUUCGACUUCCGUCACCUGGCAAGGAACACUCCGGGUUUUGUUGGCGCCGACCUGAUGGCGCUGUCGCGCGAGGCGGCGUCCCACGCCGUGGACCGGGUCUUCUCAAAGCUGGAAGCCGAAGCACGAGACAACGAGCGAGCCGACAAGAUGGCCGACAAGAUGGCCGAAGACGCUCACGCCGUCGAAACGAUUCCCCGCAAAGACGCCAACGCAGUUACUCCCGCGGCAGCGGACAUACAGAGCCAUGGUGAUGACGCGAACGCUCCCACGGAGACGGCCGACGCGCGUGGAGGCGCGGAGGGCGGCGAGGACGUGGAGAUGAAGACGCUGUCUGAUGCUGAACGUACGGAGGUGAAGCCAGAUCAGCGGGUGAAGCCCAUGGAGGAGGCAUCGUCAGCGGGACUGCAGUCGGUGCUGAAAUGGUUGAGGGAACAGCCACCACUGACUGCUGAGCAACUCGAGUCAAUAAGCAUAACAAUGGACGAUUUUAAGGUGGCGUUGAAGACGGUGCAGCCAUCGGCGAAGCGCGAGGGAUUCGCGACGAUUCCCGACAAGACGUGGGAUGACGUGGGGGCGCUGAGUGACAUCCGAGCUGAGCUCUCCAUGGCGAUACUGGCGCCCGUGCGACACCCGGAGCAGUUUGCGGCGCUGGGGCUGACGAGCGCGCCGGGCGUGCUGCUGAUCGGCCCGCCCGGCUGCGGCAAGACGCUGCUAGCGAAGGCCAUCGCCAACGAGAGCGGCAUCAACUUCAUCUCCGUGAAGGGACCCGAGCUGUUGAACAUGUACGUAGGUGAGAGUGAGAGAGCCGUGCGCCAGUGCUUCCAGCGUGCACGUAACUCUGCCCCCUGCGUCAUCUUCUUCGACGAAUUGGAUUCGCUGUGCCCACGCCGAUCCGACCAGUCGGACUCGGGGUCGGCCAUCAGGGUAGUCAACCAGCUGCUGACGGAGAUGGACGGUCUAGAAGCGAGAAAACAAGUGUACAUCAUGGGAGCGACAAACAGACCCGAUAUAAUUGAUCCCGCGAUACUACGACCGGGUAGGCUGGACAAAAUACUAUACGUUGGAUUGCCUGGGCCAGAAGACAGGGUAGACAUCUUAAAAACCAUCACCAAGAACGGAACACUACCUCCAUUGGCAGAUGACGUGAAUCUAGAAGAGAUUGCAGGUGGCGCCAGUGCAGACGGCUUCACAGGAGCCGAUCUCUCGUCGCUGGUUCGUGAAGCAUCCAUGUUUGCGCUGAAAGAAUUCAUCGGUGAUCAGCCAGAGGGAGCCACGGCUGCAAUCACGAGCAGCGCUGAGAAUGUGAGAGUCACUAAACAGCACUUCAGCCUGUCGUUCAGCAAGGUGAAACCAUCAGUAUCAACGAAGGAUCAGCUAAAGUAUGAAAUGAUGAGAGCAAUGGCACAGGAUAAUUUGGGUUGAACUCCCCUGAUCACAGCAACAGCUCGCACACGGUCAUGGGCGUGAUGUGUCGCUAAAGACUGCAUUAUAGACAGGGCAUGAAACGCCAGCUUCAAGUCUAAAUAGGGUGCGCAUGGCCUAGGCAUGUGCAUCCCUACGGCAGCAAUCGCCAGAUGCAAAUGUAAUAUGACAUGCUGUAACACCACGAUUACGAGUGUCAUACGAUUUAUGUAAUAGCAGAGCCAGUUGUCUGCAGGGGCGGACUGGCCCCUCGGGCAAAUCGGGCAAGGGCCCAGGCCCAUGGGCCUCGAAAAAAAUAUUUUUUUUAAAUUUAAAUUUGUCAUUUUUUCAGUUUUUCUUCAUCGGUCGGUCUGAAAAAUAUUGUGCCCCAAAUCCUUGGACUUUUUCCAAUCCAUAGGGGGUGAGGGUUCCACCAAGAUUUCCACCUUUCUGAUAAUGCAGGCCUUUUGAGUUUCACAAAGUCCGGAUCCCCGACCGCGGUCAGUGGACCGGGGCCCAAUCACAGGUAUUGCCAGAGGGCCCACAAGGUGCCAGUCCGCCCCUGGUUGUCUGUCCACGUCUUAAAAUUGAGAAGACACUGCUGAGGAAUUGAUGCAUGUGCGUCACCAUUGUGCAUGCUAUGAGCCAUGCCUUCAUAUAGUAAUCCCUUCAUGCCUAAUUUUAUUGCAAUGUCUAUUACGAUUUGUCGAGUCACUAUUAUCUAAUGCAACUGCAAUGCUGCAUUUCUUUCUCAGCAAGCUUAACUGUGACAAUGGAUGGUAUUUUCGCGCGAAAUAUUGUUAUUAUUAAAUAUAGACAAGGCAUGAAAUGCCAGCUUCAAGUCUAAAUAGGGUGCGCAUGGCCUAGGCAUGUGCAUCCCUACGGGAGCAGUGGCCAGAUGCGAGUGUCAUACGAUUUAUGUAAUAACAGAGCCAGUUGUCUGUCCAUGUCUUAAAAUUGCAAAGACACGGCUGAGGAAUCAAUGCAUGUGCGUAGCCAUUGUGCAUGCUAUGAGCCAUGCCUUCAUGUAGUAAUGUCUUCAUAUAGUUAUACAGUGUUUCCCCUGGCCAAAAAGGUCAGCGAGGUGGUAAAAUUUGUUUUGGUGGUUGCGCUAUCACCGAAGCCAUGCUAGCAGGGUCCAUGCUAGUCAGCUCAAGAGUGUGACUUCACUCAUGAGCUGCCUCACAUGUUCACAGCAAACACACAUACCCUUGCUCUCGAAAUGAAAUGAGUGCAGAGGGGAAAAUUGUAAGUGAACAUUUCAUGAUAUUAUUUAAAUUCGUAGAAAUUUAACUUCGGACGAAGGUUAAUUCGAGUGACGGUCGGUAUGUCAAACAGCCAGCUCCCCUGUAUUCUGUUGUUGGAUAUGUUUAUGCCUUGUGUUCCAACACAAUGUGUCGUAUGCCGCGAAAUAAUCUGAUCGAAACCAAA